AUGAAUAUUGAACGGAGUCAUGAAGAAGCAAAUAUUGGUCGACCGAAUUGGGAGCAUUUAAAUGAUAAAUUGCAUGUUUUAAUUACUAUUGAUGAUUAUGAAAAUCGUGCUAAAAUUAGACUGGAAAAAGCUAGUCAAUACAUUAGUCAAUUUUUACAAGAAAGUAUCAAAGUGUCUGAUAAAGAUGAUCAUGUGAAAUUAAUGCAAUCCAUGGAAUUGUCCAUUCUUCGUAAAGAAUCUCUCCCAUUCACUUGGCCAGUUAAUUUUACUGGAUUACCGAAACUUGAUUAUUCAUCAAAAAGAAAUCCGAUUUUUACUAAACAUUUUAAAUCAUUGAAUAUAGGACACAAUAACAGAUAUCUGCCUAGAUCGUAUUAUAUUUCGCCAGCUAUACAGCAUAGUCAACAAUAUUUUCUACCUUUCUCAUCUUCACACGGUCAAAAUUAUCCUCAGCUAAACCAACAACAACAACAACUGCAUAUUGACAUUCCGACUAGUCAACCAGUUCAUAAUCCUAACGGAUUUACUCCAUGCUGUCAUCAUCAUCAUUAUCAAAAUAAUAAUAAUCUUUUAGUAUUUCCAUCGCCUAGUUCAUCCGAUCUUAGUACUACAAUGUAUUUACAUCGUAACACUACUGGUUCAAAUGAUUUCACAGGAUAUUACAAAUCGACUUAUCAACAAACACAUAACCAGACACCAUCAUCAUCAUUGUCAAACACACUGAGUGUACCUGUCACACCGUUAACUGUCAACUGUUGGUCAUGUACCUAUUCCGGUUUAACAUCAUCAUCGUUAUCAAACUAUCCGUCUAUUCAACAAACAUCCAUGAAUCAUGCCAUAGAUAUUGUGACUGGUAAAAAUCAACACUCAUGUAAUAUAACGCCGGGAAAUUAUCUCUCGCCGAAUUGCAUGAAUAAUUAUUGCACACAAUCCAAUUAUGAUACAGCAACAUCAUCAUCAUCAUUGAUGAAGCUACAUUUACCAUUUCAUGGAAAACAACUUGUUACAUCUAGUAGUAGUAGUAGUAACAUAACAAGUCAAGCCAUCAUAAACACCAAACACAUUCAUCAGAAAGCUAACACGAACAAUGAUUCGGUUGGUUUUCGUAAAAAAUCACAAAAGUGUUGUUGUUCAGGUGAUCAGUCUACGUGUUAUUAUCAAUCAGAUGAACAUAUUCGAAAUACUGUCACUAAUAAUGAUAAUCAUUCACAUUCUAUCAGUGCAUUAAAUCGUAAUACUUCCAAGGGAGUAAAGAAAUAUUAUUCUGAAAAGUGUAAUGAUACUACUAGUUUUACUACUACAAGUAGUAGUAAAAAUAGUAAUAAAAACAUUGUCAAUGAAAAUGUUGUCAUUACCACUCGUAGUACUACUACUACUACUAGUAGUAGUAGUAGUAGUAAUCGUCAAACUGGCAGUCCUACUGUUAUUGUCAAAAUCAAUACUGAUGAUAAUAGUAAUAAUAAUAAUAAUAAUAAAAGUAUUAAUAGUCAUAAGAGUAUGAAGAAUCAUUUAACUGAACAAGAACAACUAAAUCAAUGUAAAUAUGCUACGGUUACACUUCAUGAUGAAUGUAAAAAGCUUGAUUUUAAGUCAACAAUUCAUCAGACUACUAAUUAUAAUCAUAGUAGUCAAAUUGAUGAUGAUGAUGAUGAUGAAGAUCACAUUAUCACAACAGCAACAACAACAUCAACGAUUCAUUCUGUUUCGAGUAGAAAUAAUCAAACAUUGCAUCGAAAUAAAAAUGGUUUCAGUAAAAAUUCUACACUUAAUACAUCACACAAUACUUCUCCUCCUACAACAACAACUACUAUUACUUCCUCUACUAGAAAAUUAUCGAAAUCAAAUUUAAAACCUAUUGGAUUAGUGACAGAUGAAGCAGAAUGGCCAAAACUUGGCACUAAUAUGACCACUACAAGUGCAAAUUCAUUACAAACAUCAAUUGUCGCUAAUUGUAAAUGGUCGUUAUCAUCAUCAUCGUCGUUGUCUAUGUCCAAUGUUGUUGUGAAUGGAAACGGUGAUGUUGAUGCUGAUGCUGAUUCUAAAAAGGAUGAUCAACUGCAAACCUUGUCUCAUAAUUCCAAUUCCAUUGCUCUUGAUCAUCAUGAUACUCUGAAAAAAUGAAUUAUUCAUUCAUAACUACUACUGUUAUUAUUUGCCAACAAUCAGAUUGAUUUAUAGGAAAAAAAAACGAAAACGAUUCAUACCAGUAAACUGUACCCUGUGAAUAAAUAAUAAUAAUAAUAAUAAUAAUA